CAAGAACAUAAAUUCUAUAUGAACCUUUCAAAAAUAAAUCAUUUAAAUGGGUUUAAAGCUGGCGACCCUAUUCAACAGAUUCAUCCAAAAGAAAGAAUUCAGAGUGCUCAUGGUCGGCCUGGACGGUGCUGGAAAAACAACAAUUUUAUACAAAAUGAAGCUUGGGGAAAUAAUUGCAACGAUACCGACGAUCGGUUUCAACGUGGAGACCGUUCAACAUAAAAACGUCCUCUUUACCGUGUGGGAUAUAGGUGGACAGGAUAAACUGCGAUGUUUGUGGAGGCAUUACUUUCAAAACACGCAGGCAAUCAUAUUUGUCGUCGAUUCGAGCGACGUGGACAGGCUGAAAGAUGCUUCCAACGAAUUGAGAUUGAUUUUGGAGGAUUACGAGCUGAGGAAAGCGAUUCUCCUGAUCCUUGCUAAUAAACAGGAUGUACCGGGAGCAAUAUCGACAGCUGACAUUGCGAACUUGAUGAAAAUGCACGAGAUUCUGGACAGAAAAUGGUAUAUUCAAGGCACCUGCGCCCUCCAAACGACUGGGUUGCACGAAGGACUGGAUUGGUUGGCUUCUGAACUGAAUAAAGUAUAAGGAAGA